UAGUUUGCCGGAAAAUGUGACUUGUUAAUGCAAUUGUGUGCAAUACGAAUAAUCUUGUGUCAGUUUUACUGGAAGUAAAUAAGUAACUACUCCAAAGAUCGAAAAUAAAAACAUUUUGCGAUGGACUGCCUUGAGCCUUCUCCAUUAAUUUUCAGAAUUUUCACCCACUCGAUUCAUUUCGUCAGCUUACCAACAUAUUUUCUCGCAUUAUUCUCCCUCUUUUUCAUCAAGUCAAAAGUUUUUGUCACUUAUCGAUAUUUCCUGUUAUGGCAUGUCUUCGAGAAUUUAUUCUUCGAAAUGCAUUCCGAUUUUCUGUUGGCACCAGCAAUUCAGCCUCCGUUAUGUGCAAUCAGAACAACAGGGAUUUUGACACAACUCGGAAUGAGUAGUUUGGUUCAGUUUUAUUGGAUCGCGUUGGUUAUGCAAUAUACAGCGACUUCUGUCAGUGAAAUGUUUUAUUUCCGUUAUAAAGCCAGUAUUCUAAACUACAAAACAUAUCGUUUCACCUAUUUUAUUAAAUUCACUGUUUAUUUCACUCGAUGCAUUUCAAUUUUUGAUACAUUUUUUGUAAUAUUGACAUCGCAUGAUGCUCACCGAUUUCAAGAAGAACACAAAGCAACAUUUCUGAAACAAAAUCCUUCUGCUCAUUUUCUAACUUGUGAAAAUUCUUAUCUGUUUGUCCCUUUCUCCGACUACGUUUCCACUUCAAUAAUGAUUCUAUGGAUUGCUGAAUGCGUAAUAAUUUUUCUCUCUGUUCCUGGAAUCACUAUUUUUAUCAACUUGAAAAUUUCAAAAUCCACCUCGAAAAAUACUUGGAAAGUACAAAAACAAUUAUUGAAAAGUUUAGUUAUACAAGCAUUAAUUCAUUCGUUUACGAUGGGUCUGCCAAAUUUGAUGUUUACAUAUGGAUUUUUCUUCGGUUAUGCAAGCGAAACAAUAGCGUAUGGUGCAUUUGUCUUCAUAACAUAUCAUGGAUUUGUUUCAACUUUUGCACUUAUCGCAUUCACUAAGCCUAUACGCGAUUAUCUGCAAUCAACAUUCAAUAUUAAGAAAAGAGCCACUCAUAGAGCAUCAAUGACUUUUUAG